AACUUUUUUUUUAUAUGAGAGCGUGUAUACAAUAUACAAGUUUUGUUCGUUAAAGGACAUUAAAUAUAAAAAUAUGGGUACGAAAAGACCAGGGACAAGCUUAGUGUUGGCGCACGAUACCAAACGCAGCAAAAAUGAUCUUAUUGCAUACACCAAUCGUGAUAAAGCGUUGAUGGAAUCGGGCGUUCGACGUACAUCUAAUUUAAUGGCGCCAAUAAUGCUAUUGGAAGGCCAUGAAGGAGAGAUUUUUACAACUGAAUUCCAUCCGGAUGGCGACAUACUUGUUUCGUCUGGCUUUGAUAGACAAAUAUAUGUUUGGAAUGUGUAUGGCGAAUGUGAAAAUGUAAUGGUAAUGUCUGGCCACAGCGGUGCGGUUUUGGAAGCACAUUUUUCGACGGACGGAUCAAAUGUGUAUACAUGUGCUACUGAUAAAACUGUCGCCAUUUGGGACAUUGUAACAGGGCAGCGAGUACGUAAACUAAAGGGGCAUACAAAUUUUGUAAAUACUGUUCAUCGUACGCGCAGGGGCAACCAAAUGCUAUGUUCAGGUUCUGAUGAUCGAACUAUAAGAAUCUGGGAUGCACGAAAAAAGAAUUCGGUACACACAAUGGAAUCGCCAUAUCAAGUAACUGCAGCAUGUUUUAAUGAUAUUGGAGAUCAAGUGAUCUCCGGUGGUAUUGAUAAUGAAAUAAAAAUUUGGGAUGUACGCAAGCAUCAACAGGUGUUGCACCGUUUACGUGGACAUACUGAUACAGUAACGGGGAUUUCGCUAUCACCAGAUGGUUCAUAUUUACUUUCCAAUUCCAUGGAUAAUACGCUUCGAAUUUGGGAUAUACGCCCCUAUGCUCCGAUUGAAAGGUGCGUAAAAAUUUUUCAAGGACAUCAACACAACUUUGAAAAGAAUCUAUUACGUUGCUCAUGGUCACCGGAUGGCAGCAAGAUAUCUGCUGGUUCUUCUGAUCGCUAUGUUUAUAUUUGGGACACAACCAGCCGGCGUAUAAUUUAUAAGCUACCUGGUCACAAUGGCAGCGUUAAUGAUGUCGAUUUUCAUUCAAAAGAACCUCUGAUAUUAUCUGCGUCCAGUGAUAAAACUUUGUAUCUUGGUGAAAUCGAGGAUUAGACUAUGUAAUGUUAUCCUGAAGAUAAGGUUUUCAUUUUAAAUACGUCGUCUACAAUUAACAUAAAAUAAAACAAAGUGCAUUUGUGUUUGUAAUAUUAUCGGCUAUGCUAAAAUGUAUAAACGAUUCUUUUAAUGGUAUCACACAUGUCACUUUUAGUUAAAAUAGAGUUUUAGCUAUUGAAAUGGCUAGAGGUUAAAUAUGA